GCGGCGCGGGGCGGGCGGGAGCCGGCGCGCGGCGGGGGCGGCCAUGGAGGAGGUGUGCGCCAAGUUCGUGUCGCAGAAGAUCAGCAAGACCCGCUGGCGGCCCCUGCCCGCCGCCGCCCUCCACCCCCCCGACGUCUUCGCCACCGGCUCCUGGGACAACGAGGACAACAGGAUCUCCAUUUGGUCUAUUGGAGACCUUGGCAAUGCGGGCAUCAAUGGUGAAUAUCAAGGAGAGCCUCAGCUGCUGUGUGACAUCAGGCACAACGGUGAUGUUAUGGACAUGCAGUUUUUGGAUCAAGAGAGAAUAGUGGUUGCCUCAUCAACAGGAACUGUAACUGUAUUCCGUCAUCAUCAAAAUAACCAGACUUUAUCCGCCAACCAUCGGUGGGAGAAAGCCCAUUAUCAUGUGGAUCAAGACACGUCUUGUGGUGGAGCAGCAUGUACUGGAGUCAUUUGCAACAACCCAGAAAUUGUCACUGUUGGAGAAGAUGGUAGAAUAAAUCUCUUCAGAGCUGACCAAAAGGAUGCAGUAAGAACUAUAGACAAUGCAGACAGCAGUACACUCCAUGCAGUGACUUUCCUUCGCACAACUGAGAUCUUGACAGUAAAUUCAAUUGGACAGUUAAAAAUAUGGGACCUCAGACAGCAAAGAAAUGAGCCAUCUCAAAUAUUUUCUUUGACAGGUGACAGAGUUCCACUGCACUGUGUGGACAGGCACCCCAAUCAGCAGCAUAUUGUGGCCACGGGGGGCCAGGAUGGGAUGCUGAGUAUAUGGGACAUCAGGCAAGGUACUAUACCAGUGUCCCUGCUGAACGCUCAUGAAGCAGAAAUGUGGGAAGUUCACUUCCAUCCCUCCAACCCCGAUCACUUAUUUACGUGUUCUGAAGAUGGAUCUCUUUGGCACUGGGAUACUUCCACAGACGUGUCUGAAAAACCGUCUUUUCUUCAUCAAGGAGGAAGAAGUACUACCUAUUUUUCCCACAAUACCAUUAACCAUUCUGUAGUAAGUGCCUGGCUAAGCAACGAUCCUACCAAAGACCGCAUGGAAAUCACCAACUUAAUUCCAAAUCAGACUUUGUCUGUGAAUAGUUUAGAUAUUUUAGGACCAUGCCUAGUAUAUGGUACCGAUGCAGAGGCUAUUUACGUGAACAGACAACUUUUCGCAUGAAAACCACUCCAGUAUCCUUUUGAAGUACUGAUCACCUUGAACUCCUGGGAAAUGUCAGAUUCAUCCUUAAUGGCUCAUUAUUCUGUUAUCAGCGUGUGGGGGAGAGGCCUACGGCUUGGUGCUGGUACUGCAGAAGAAAUGUAAGGUGCCUCAGGUUCUGACAGCUGUCACUUAUUAUUGAUGUUGUUAUUGAUGCUCUGGGAUGGGUAACAAAACAAGCGUAUGUCUAAGGUUGCUCUUAUUUCUUCCUCAGUACCUGUUUGGUUUUGGUAAGCAGGAUGGUAGUCACUAGGGCAAGAAUUUUUUUGCUGUAAACUGAUGUCUAUAAUACAUACACACGCAUGCCAAGUGAAGAGAAGGUAACCCCCUGAUUUUUAUUAUUUUCUCCUGCUGCUCCAAAGAUAUUUUUCAAGUAUUAAUUCCAAGGCCAAACUAUGGGGUUCUUCUGAAAUUCUUUUUAUGUCAUCUGAGAGAGAUGGGUUUUUUUAAGCUGAGUUUUUUUAUAAAUUUAGGGGAACAUAAACUUUUUACGUUAGUUCAUGAGAAUUGGAAAGGAAAACUGCUGAAGCUGUGAAAUGUGGAAGGUUCUGUAGGAAUCUUAGCAUUUUAGUAACACUAUUUUGGAUUAUAUACAGCUUCAUCAUCGACGCUGCAUGUUAAAACUUGACAAUGUGCUGGUAACUCCCAAAAGAAAAGUGGGGUUUUUUUAUAGUUGAGGUUGUAAUUGACAGGUGUGUUGGCUGUGUUUUCAGGUGUGAGAAUAACUUUCUGAACUUGAGACAUAGUCUUUGUCACAAUCAAAAUUUCACAUCUGGUCUCUUGCAAUCUUUGAAAAGUUAAAUUUCAUGACUAGUGUUGUAUCUUCUUUUUGUGCAGAGAACCCUUUCUCUUUUUAAUAAAAAGUUUUGCACAAGAAUGCUGGUCUGACUUUACUAAGUUAGUUCAAACAGAUGUAGUCAUCGUUGCAGGAAGGUAAAUAACCCAAAGUUACUUGGACUGAUCCUGGGGAUACAAUCUGAAGGAUGGAGGGAAACCUCAGGAUUUGGGCAGCAGCAGAUUAAGUUAUAAGGUUUUUACCUGACAUUUUCCAUCAAAACCGCUUUAGAGUGUAUUUUACUUUUAUGUUGGUGAGAAGAACCUUCUUGCUGUGUUGUGGUAAGAAUCCCGUACCUCAUCGCAAUGUCUUGUGUGUCUGGCUGGAGGAGACGGAUGGGGAUAUAUCCCUUUGUAUAACAACGUACAGAGUGUCCAAGAAGCUCCUUAGAGCUGCUUUAAUUUCAUUUCCCAAGUUGUUUGGAACACAGUGCCCUGCCAGACAAGAAAUGCUGGACAUGUAUCUCUGAGCAGUAACUGAUGGGGCUGCCUUCCUGGCGACUUGCAUACCUUGGUCCGUAACAAGUCCUUCGUUGGGGCACUAACUGGACCACGGAGGCUCACCAAAACUCCUUUCCCCGUUAGACGCUCGCUAUUUAUCGGUCGAGUUCGGUACUGCCACGGAAGGGAAAAGCAGCACCUGAAACCUG